AUGUCUCACUCUCGCUCUCUAUCGGGUCUCAACUUUCCUCCGGUGGAGAUCACGCUGCAGGACGUCAACGACAACCCUCCAGUUUUCCCCAACGACAUCAUGGACCUGACCAUCGAGGAGAACGUGGGAGAUGGCUUCAAGAUAAUGCAGCUCACAGCCACAGACGCAGACCAGGGGCCUAACGCUCUGGUGACCUACACCAUCAUCAGUGGGGCGGAUGACAGUUUCCGCGUGGACCCAGAAUCCGGAGACCUGAUCGCCACCAAGAAGCUGGACCGAGAGCGCCGCUCCAAGUACUCGCUCCUGGUGCGCGCUGAUGACGGUCAGCAGUCCUCAGACAUGCGCCUCAACAUCACCGUGGAGGACGUCAACGACCACACGCCCAAGUUCUCCCGCCUCACCUACUCCUUCGACAUCCCAGAGGACAUGGCUCCAGGUUCCAUCGUGGCGGCGGUCCUGGCCAGCGACUCGGACUCCGGGGUGAACGGGGAGGUGACGUACUCUCUGGAGGAGGACGAUGAAGACGGAACCUUCAUCCUGAACCCGGUGACCGGAGUCUUCAACGUCACGCGGCCUUUGGAUUACGAGACGCAGCAGUAUUACAUUCUCACGGCAAAGGCACAAGACGGCGGGAGGCAGGCCAGCACGGUGCGCGUCUACUUCAACGUCCUGGAUGUGAACGACAACCCGCCCAUCUUCAACACCACGGUCUACAGUGCGUCUGUGUCGGAAAACGUGCCGCCCGGAGCUAGCUUAGUGACCGUAGGCGCCACUGAUGCUGAUGAUGGUCUGAAUGCCCAGCUUCUCUACACCAUUGCAUCUGGUGAUCCCAUGGGACACUUUACCAUGAGUAAAGAUGGCGUCCUCAAGAGUAAGAAAGCUUUGGAUAGGGAAAAGCAGUCUUUCUACAACUUGGUGAUCACCGUGAACGAUCUGGCCCCGUCGGCGAUGGCUCGUUUCACCAGCACCGCCCAGGUGUCCAUCAUCCUCCUCGAUGUCAAUGACUGUGCGCCAACUUUCACUUCGCAAAAGAUGACCUACAUACAAGAGAACACCCCAGUGGAUACUGUGGUGUUCGUUGCCCAAGCUACUGAUGCAGACAGCGGGCCCAACAGCUAUGUGGAAUACGCCCUUAGAGGAACUUAUGGGAACAAAUUUAGCAUUGGAACCAUUGACGGAAACGUUAGACUGGUCGGGGAAUUGGACAGAGAAGAACUUUCCAACUAUACUUUGACUGUGAUGGCUACAGACAAAGGAGAACCUCCGCUUUCGUCGACAAUGGAUGUGACGAUGAUUGUGUUGGAUGUAAACGACAACACGCCAAGUUUUUCGCAAAAUAUCUACGACAUUGAGAUUGAAGAGAAUAUCCUAACGGGAACUGACAUCAUUCAAGUUUUUGCUAGUGACUCAGAUGAAGGCACAAAUGGACAGAUCCGUUUCUCAAUGGAAGGGGGCAACAGCGACUUUAGGAUUGAUUCUGUAACGGGUGUGAUUUCAGUGGCCAAGCAGUUAGACAGGGAGACCAAAUCUUCGUAUUCGCUGGUGGUGCAAGCGUCAGACAGAGGAAGCACCCCCAGAGUGGAUAAGGCAGCAGUGAACAUCGUCCUGCUGGAUGUGAAUGACUGCGUACCUGAGUUUGAGCUGUCUCCUUACAGCGUCAGUGUGCAAGAAAAUCUGCAAGAUCUACCCAGAAAUAUUCUUCAGGUUGUUGCCAGAGAUGACGACCAGGGCGCGAACGGUCAGCUCAGCUACAUGCUCAGCGGUGGGAACGACGACGGAGCCUUCAGCCUGUCCUCCAGUGGUCAGCUGAGCCUGAGCCAGAGCCUGGACAGAGAGGCUCAUGGGAGAUACAGCCUGCUCAUCACAGCCACCGACUCCGGUUCCCCCUCUCUGAGCGGCACUGGCACUGUGGUGGUGAUGGUGGAAGACGUGAAUGACAACGUUCCAUUGUUCACCUCGUCUGCGUUCCACACCACCAUCGCCGAGGACGCCCCGACCGGCAGCGACGUGCUCCUGCUCAACACCUCCGACUCCGACACCGGCCUCAACGGAGUCAUCAGCUACAGCCUCAGCGGAGGACACGGCCAGUUCUCCAUCAACCCGGCGACAGGGCAGAUCAUCACCAGCUCCCUGUUGGACCGGGAGGAGAGGGCCACCUAUCAGCUGCUGGUGGUGGCCACAGAUGGAGGGCAGCCGGACGCUCUCUCCAGCUCCGCCACCGUCUCUGUCACCGUCAACGAUAUCAACGACAAUCCUCCACGCUUCCACCACCACCCCUACGUCACCCACAUCCCUGCCUCCACCGCCGCAGGUUCUUUGGUAUUCGCCGUCACUGUCACAGAUGAAGACUCUGGCUCUAACGCCCAGCUCCACUACUCCCUGACGGGGCGCAACUCGGACAAAUUCAAGAUUGACCCUGUGCGAGGUGCUAUAACUGCCAACGAGAGGCUGACCGGGACCUCUGAGGUCACACUGACGGUCAGGGUCAAAGAUGGAGGUGUCAGCCCCAAAACCGACUCCACGACAGUCACUGUUCGCUUUGUCACUGGUGGGAACUUUCCCGUUAUUAAGCUAAGGGAACGUGCCUUUACAUUCCCAGAAAGCCAGCCCACCAACCACAUAGUCACGACUGUGUCUGGUUCGUCUCGGAGAGGAGGACCCCUGUCGUACUACAUUGCGAGCGGAAACUUGGACUACGCAUUCCACAUAGACCAGCUGUCAGGAGAACUAUCAAUCAGACAUCAAUUGGAUUUCGAGCAUAUCCAGAAAUAUGUUUUAUGGGUUGAAGCUAGAGAUCAAGGUUUCCCUCCUUAUUCCUCGUAUGAGAAACUGGAAUCUUCAGACAGUGACCUCUUUGUUAUCGACCCCAACACGGGCACCAUCACCACCCAGGGGUUCUUAGAUUAUGAGGCCAAGCAGGUCUAUCAUCUCACAGUAAAGGCCUUCAAUGUCCCAGACGAGGAGCGCUGCAGUUUUGCCAACGUCAACAUUCAGCUGAAGGGAGCCAAUGAAUAUGUUCCCCGCUUUGUUUCCAAACAGUACUACUUUGAAAUCUCUGAAGCUGCUCCAAAAGGGACAGUGGUGGGAGAAGUGUUUGCCAGUGAUAGAGACCAGGGAGACGACGGCAUGGUGUACUACCUCAUAUUUGGGAAGAGUAGAAAGAAGGGUUUCAGUAUUAAUAAGAAGACAGCUGUGGAUACUGGCACGCCUCCCGCCACUGGUAGUGCUACUGUUAUUGUAAAUCUGGAAGACAUCAAUGAUAACGGCCCCACUUUGUCGACCGUUUACGCAGAGGUCAUGGAGAAUCAACGGGCUGGUACAGCAGUUAGCACACUCUCGGCCUCCGAUGCAGAUCUGCCGCCCAACCAAGGCCCAUUCUUGUUCAGCUUGGUUGGUUUGGGUACUGCCAACAACUAUUUCAGUCUGAGCUCAUCUGGAGUACUCACCACCAGUCGGGAGAUAGAUAGGGAGCAAAUAAGUGACUUCUACCUCUCUGUCGUCAUCAAAGACUCUGGUUUACCUCAAAUGUCCUCAACAGGAACCAUUCAUGUCAAAGUGAAUGAUCAGAAUGACAACCCUUCAGAGCCCAGAUCCAUGGAGUCUGAAGGAGUCAAAAGCUUCCUCACUAACCACUACCUCAGCUUCUUACGCAUUUCCAACUCUCAGCUGGCAGGAAUGGGCACUGGGGUGCUGCUGUAUGGGGCAUUUGAGCUCAAUAAUCAAACUUUCUUGAUGGCAGCUGUGAAAAGGGGCCAUGGACAAUAUGUGAACCCAAGUGGCGUGGCUACAUUCUUCCAGAGUAUCAAAGACAUUUUAUACAGACAGAGCGGGGUGAGAAUAGAUGCGGUGGACCAUGAUCCUUGCACGCGUAACCCAUGCCAGAACGGGGGCAGCUGCAAACGGCGUCUGAGUGUCGGGCCUGACAUGAAGACUGAAGAAAGUGUCCCAGUGAUUCUUGUUUCCAACCACCCCCUGCAGCCUUACGCCUGCAGCUGUAGGCCGGGCUACACUGGAGCCCUGUGUGAAACAGACAUCGAUGAGUGCCAGCCUUCACCCUGCCACAACGGGGGAACCUGCCACAAUCUGGUGGGUGGUUUCUCCUGCACCUGUCCAGAGGGCUUCACCGGCAUGGCCUGCGAGAGAGAUAUCAACGAAUGCCUUUCCAAUCCAUGCAAGAAUGGGGCUCUGUGCCAGAAUUUCCCAGGCGGUUUCAACUGCCUCUGCAAAUCCGGAUUUGCAGGCAAAGUGUGUGACUCCAUCAUCAAUCACUGUGAAUGUAACCCUUGUUUUAACGGCGGCUCCUGUCAGAACCGCGUGGAUGGAUAUUACUGUCAUUGCCCGUUUGGCGUCUUUGGCAAACACUGUGAGCUCAACAGCUAUGGCUUUGAGGAGCUGUCUUACAUGGAGUUCCCGUCUUUGGAUCCCAACAAUAACUACAUUUAUAUCAAGUUUGCCACUCUGAGCAACAACGCACUGCUCAUGUACAAUCACGACAACCAGACGGGAGAUAAGGCCGAGUUUCUGGCUCUGGAGAUCUUCGAAUCGAGGAUGCGCUUCUCGUUCAACUUGGGGAGUGGAACUUACAAACUGAUGACCAUGAUAAAAGUUUCAGACGGCCAUUUCCACACGGUCAUCGCCAGGAGAGCAGGGAUGGCGGCUUCUCUCACGGUGGACUUGUGCGGCGAUGACCAGGAACCCGGUUACUGCGCCGUCAGCAACGUGGCAGUGCACACAGACUGGAUCCUGGACGUGGGCCCCAACCGGCUGUCGGUGGGAGGGGUGCGCUCCGUAGACUCCAUACUGCACCGGAGGGGGCAAGUGGCGGCGCAUGAUUUUGUGGGGUGCAUCAUGGAGUUUGCGGUGAACGGGCGUCCGCUGGAGCCCAGUCAGGCGCUGGCAUCGCGGGGAAUACUGGACAGAUGUCCGCGACUGGAAGGAGCCUGCACUGCCAACCCUUGCCGACACGGGGGCACCUGUCUGGAUCACUGGUCCUGGCAGCAGUGCCAAUGUGUGGACGGAUUCACAGGGAAAUUCUGUGAGAAAUACAUGACUCCUGACACCGCCCUUGCACUGGAUGGAACCGGUCGGCUGGACUACUCUCUGAAGCAGGGUCCGAAGCGGGACGUCCUGCUCAGACGGGCUCUACAGGGGCCGUCCUCUGAGCCCCGUGUGCCCAGCAGCCUGGAGCUCAAGUUCAGGACACGCAGCAAAAGCGGAACACUGCUGCACGUGCAAGAGAGCAGCAACUACACCACUGUGAAGCUGAGGAAUGGGAACAUCCACUACAUUUCGGAUGCCGGGGUCAUUGGGAAAGUGGAGCGGAGUGUUGCAGAGGCGCUGGUGUCGGACGGCCAGUGGCAUACCCUGCGGCUGCUGAAGAACAGCUCGACCACGGUCCUGAACCUGGACUCGGCUCUGCCCAGACUCAUCCAGCACCCCACACAGGACUUCGGAGGCCUCGGUGUGCUCACUCUGUCGAUCGGAGGAAUCCCGCCCGGACCGGCCCAGCAGAAAACCGCUGCAGGUUUUGAUGGAUGCUUGUCUUAUGUGAAAUACAACGGAGAGACUCUGCCUUUCACCGGAGAACACAGCCUUGUUAGCCUGACCAAGACCAGCUCCUCUGUGAAGAUUGGCUGUAGAGGUCCCAACCUGUGCGAGAGCAGCCCAUGCUGGGACGGCCUCAUGUGUGUGAACCAGUGGUAUACCUACCAAUGCGUCCCGCCUGGAGAGUGUGCCUCCAGCCCGUGCCAGAACCAGGGAAGCUGUGUACCGGACCCCAGCUCUGGAUUCUCAUGCAUCUGCUCCGAGUUCUACACAGGUCAAACCUGCGAGACCUUAGUGGCCUGCCUGGGUGUUCAGUGCCCACAAGGAACUGUCUGCAAAACAGCCAACAAUGGAGGCUUUGUGUGCAGCCCCAGUCCCACCACAGAGGCGAUGAUCCUGCCUAUUUGGGCAGUGCCAGCCAUUGUUGGUAGCUGUGCCACUGUCCUGGCCUUAGUGGUGCUCAGCCUCAUUCUCUGCAACCACUGCAGGGGCCGCAACAAGACCAAAGUGCCAAAAGAGCCCAAGGACAAGAAACCUAAAGAAAACAAGAAAAAGAAGAAGAAAAAGGGAAGUGAGAACGUGGCCUUUGAUGAUCCUGAUAACAUCCCACCUUAUUGUGACGACAUGACGGUACGCAAACAGCCUGAGGGCAAUCCCAAGCCUGACAUCAUCGAGAGGGAAAACCCGUACUUGAUCUAUGAUGAAACUGACAUUCCUCAGAACAAUGAGGCCAUCCCCAGUGCCCCCUGUGCCCCCUGCAACGGCCCUGAACCAGACAUUGAGCACUAUGACAUUGACAAUGCCAGCAGCAUCGCCCCAUCAGACGCAGACAUUAUUCAGCACUACAAGCAGUUCCGCAGCCACACGCCUAAGUUCUCCAUCCAGAGACACAGCCCUCUGGGCUUUGCCCGGCAGUCCCCCUUACCUUUGGGGGCCACAAGCUACAACUAUCAGCCCCCAUAUACCCAGGCACUGAGGUCCACUCCUUUGAGCCACGCUCACUCUGCCUGCCCCACACCCAACCCUCUGUCCAGGCACUCUCCUGCCCCAUUCAACAAGCCCUCCAGCUUCUACCGCAACACUCCCACCAGAGAGCUCAACCUGAGCCGCCGAGAAGGAAGUCCCUUAGAUCUGCACAACGACCCUCCACCACCAAUGUUCAACUACGCCACGAGGCUGGGCCGCCGCAGUAAAAGCCCACAGACCAUGGCUGGACAUGGACAUACAUCCCGACCGGGCAGUCGGCUUAAACAGCCCAUUGAGCAGAUCCCUCUGGAGACAGGACCUCCUGUGGGUCUCUCCAUUGAGGAGGUGGAGCGCCUCAACACUCCGCGGCCGCGUAACCCCAGCAUCUGCAGUGCUGACCACGGCCGCUCCAGCUCUGAGGACGACUGCCGCAGGCCUCUGUCCAGGGUGCGGAACCCGGCGGAUGGAAUCCCUGCACCAGAGUCUUCCUCAGAGAGCGACUCACACGACUCCUUCACCUGCUCUGAGAUGGAGUACGACCGGGAGAAGCCUGUGUCCUACAGCUCCCGGGUCCCCAAGCUCUCCCAGGUCAACGAGUCGGACGCUGAUGAUGAAGAUUACGGAGGGCGGCUCAAGCAGCGGCGCUACUCCAGCCGCAGAGCAGAGGGGGGGCCGGGCAUUCCCCAGGUGCCCAGUGAGCAGCACCACACCCUCCCGCACAAACUGGGCCAACAGGCCGGGGGCUUCAAUUGGGACAAUCUCCUACACUGGGGCCCAGGAUUUGGACAUUAUGCAGACGUGUUCAAGGACUUAGCACUGCUUCCCGAAAACGCAGCGGCAAAAGACAUUGAAAUGAACAGUGGCGACGGCUCAGUAACCAUUCUAAAUGAAGGCGAGGCAGAGCAAUAUGUAUGA